AUGAAGCCCACCAAGGAAGAACCCUCUCUUCGUCUGCACCACCUCCCCAUACUGAUCUGGCACUUUACCGAGAGCAACUUUCCAACCUUCGUGAUCCCCAAUUCUCUCUUUGGCUUUCUAGGAGCCCUCUCGGGGUCAGCGCUGACCACUGCCCCCUCACCCCCCUCGUUUGUCCCCCUCCUCUGCCGCCUCCCCCUCAUCAUCCUGUUCAACUGGGCCACCGUCUUCAUCUUCGACCUCGCCAACCAGCGUCUCCCCGAGUCGAUUCUCGAGGAUCAGCUCAACAAACCCUGGCGCCCCCUGCCUACCCACCGCAUCAGCGCCACCCAAACCCGCCGUCUUAUGCUGGCUGCCAUCCCUGCCGUGCUAGCCCUAAAUUACACCCUCGGUGUAUGGCAUGAAGCCACCCCCAUUCUUCUGCUCACUUGGCUGUAUAACGACCUUAAAGGCGGCGACGAGAUCAUCCGCGACGCAAUCAUCGCCGUGGCGUACGGAUUGUAUAAUACCGGGUCGUUACGGAUUGCGUGCGGCGGCGAGAGUCAACCCUCAGAGCAGGGAUAUGUGUGGAUAGGAAUGGUGAGUGGGGUGAUUUUGACGACGAUGCAGAUCCAGGACCUCAAGGACCAGGCCGGGGAUCGGGCACGUGCAAGGCAGACGAUCCCGCUGGUGCUGGGGGAGCAGUGGUCGAGAGGGUUGAUUGGGGGAUUUGUGGUGGGGUGGAGUGGUGUCUGUGUGUGGUUCUGGGCGUUGCCGGGAUGGUGUUACUUGCUGGUCGGGGGGGUGGGAGGCAUGGUGGUGGUUCUGGUACUGCGCAGUCGGUCGGUCGAGAGAGAUGCCUUGGCGUGGAGAGUGUGGUGUGCGUGGUUGGUUGGGUUGUAUCUGUUGCCGUGUUUGCGGGGAGUGGCUUGAGGUAGGGAUGUCGUGUUGACUUUUCGUGGAGGUGCAUAUAAAAGGGGAUGCUAUAGCACGGGGAGAGGUUCCACCGAUUAAGGUUGGCGCUGGAGUGACAGGGAUCGUCUGGCAGGUUGGGCAGGCAUGCGCAUACGGGCUUCUCUGUGGUUAGUGGAGGCGACAAAUAUACGUACACUGGGGGCUUAUCUGUGUGUUUAGGGGUCAUGCUUUAAUUAUCACAUCAUAGAGUCCCUAUAGUAGCACUAUCAGCAGGC